UUUAUCAAAGGUCUUAAAUAUAUUCCACCAUGUCAAAGUCGAUUUUUACGCCAAUCUAUUGAUAAUAUUGUCAAUGAACAAUAUAAAACAUUACGUUCGAUUGUUCAAGGUUGUCUUGAGGAUCAUCGUGUGCAGCUUAUAAAACCAUCGGCUAUUCAUGCACCAGCAACAGAAAUAUCCAAAUUUCUUAAUGAUCUAUUAGCACCUAUAUUUCUACGUGUUUCUCGACAAACUACAUUUAUUAAUGGUAGUGAUCUUGUCCGAGCAUUAGAAAAAUAUGUUGCCAAUGGUUAUUUAAAACCAACCACUUUGUUUAUUACUUUUGAUGUUGAAAAUCUUUAUACAAUGAUACCACGACAAGGUGUUUUAGAAGUAUUAUUACAAUUUCUAGAGCGAAAUUUACGUAAUAAUAAAAUCGGUACAUUACGUAUUGAUGAUAUUAUGAGAAUGGCUCGUCUCGUAUUGGAUACGAAUAUUUUUGCUUAUGAAAAUAAAUACUAUCGACAAAUACGUGGUGGAGCAAUGGGAUCUGCCUUUAUCCAAACUUUAGCUAAUAUUUAUAUGCUAGAUUGGAAACAACAACUAAUGCAUGACCAACAAGCAGAUCAGGAAAUUUAUGGAAGGUUUGUUCAAAAUGUUUGA